AGGAGAGUGGCUACUGUGAGCUGUGCAGCACUACCUACACCAACCUGACCCUCCACUUGAAGUCUGAGUCUCAUAUUGCCUUCGUUCGUAACGACAAGAACUAUCUGUACCUUGAUGAACUUAUCAGUGGGCAGAAACAAAACUGUCAGAUAUUUGCUGGAUCCCAAUGAGGUAUAGUGGGUUGAUGCCCCCAGAGAGACAUGCGGCCAGUCUGAGAAGCAAUCACUCCAAGCGACUUCGUAAGCAGAUUGUGUUCAAGAUUGGAGAAACCAUACAUUCUGGUCCAACCCUUGCGGCUCCAGCAGUGCUCAAGGAUGAGGACCUGAACGCCACAAGCAAGUGUGUCUUCCCCAGUAACCUGCAGGACAGCACUCAGAUCCCCAUUGGCAGCAAUCACCUAGCCCAGAUUCCCUCAACCAAGCCACGUUUUCCCCAGUCCUGGGAGACGCGGACUCCUAUUGGCCAUUCUCUGUCAGAGCCGUGCACACCCUGUACCCAAUACCGUUUGGACACCAAAGGCUCUCUUCCAGCAGCUCAUGUACCUGAUGUUAUAGUGCCCAAAAUUAUUGUGUCCAAGGUCUCAAACAUUAGAACUGUUUCUCCAGUGGUGAAAAAACAAAGUGAAAAUGACAAAUGUACACAGGAACCUCUUAAUGAAGCAUGUGAGAGUCACACCGUAGUGCCUCAGGACAGUGCAAGUGAAAUUCGCACACUGGGAGUGACAGUUUGUGAAUUGGUGGCUUCUGAGAAAAAGUUGAAAGAAAAAAAUGUACAGACUCAAGUUGCCGUGAAACUUGAGAAAGAUAUCCAGCAAGAGAUAAAGAAAGAACCAGAUGAAGGGGAGGUUUUCCAAGAAUAUUUGAACACAGCAGAAGUUUCUCAGGUAAAGGAUGAAAACCUGACCACAAAAGCACCUCAAACUGCAGAACUUCCAGUUGGUAUACAAGAAAUACCUAAAAUAAAGCUACAAAUAUAUGGGGCAGUACCUACUGAGUUCAGCACAACCAAUGCUGGCCAGACGUCAAGGUGUGCUGAAGCUCUGUUAAAGUCUUUAGAUUUAACCACUGAUCUUCCUGAAGCCAGUUUACCUGAAGAAAACAAAGAAAUGGUCAGACUCAUUCAAGAAGUAGACACUAAGCUUAACUCUUUUUGCCAUAAAAGGAGCAGUCGUGCAUCUAAGAGAAUAAGCAGUGCUGAUUUUGAUGUGAUCGAAUUAAAACCAGGACCAGUGUCUAGAGUGCGGCGGUGUACGAGGACUCGUAAGUGUAGUUGCCGAUCAGACAAAUCUGAGUCUGAAACCUCAGACUCAAGAAGUGUGGCAGAUGAGUCAUUGUAUUUCGAUAUGGUGGACAAGACUGCUAAACCAGGAAAGCCAAAGAAUGGUGAGCCCUUGUUAGAUGAGGCUACCACCCAUGUCAGUGCCAAGUUUAACGGUGAUGUGAGCAGUGAGAUUGCCAAUGGGGCUCACAAAGUCAAGGGACGCAGAGUUAGCCGCGCCAAUAGUGAUGAGUCUGACAGUAACUCAGGCUUGAGAAGUAAUGGCAAUAUAGACCACAAUGGUGAUAAAGUAGAUUUUAGUGUCCUCCUUGAGAUCUCGCCUGCAGAUAGGAAGAAAUUUGAAAGUAAAAAGGCAAAGAUAAGACGAAAAACAGCUGAUUGGUUGCUAAUCUCUGAAACUGAACAGUAUUAUAAUGAAAAGGAGGAAAUAAUGAGAAAUAAGAAUAAACUGGAGUCAGAAAGUGAAAGUGAUGAAAGUGAUACCUGUACAGAACAACAAGACUCUAGGAGUGACUGUUCAGAUGAGUCUGAGAGCAUAGCCAGCACAUCACAAAGAAACAAAUGUAAAGGAAAACUUCCAAGGAAUAUUGAAGAUGGCUCCAGACCCAGUGCUAAGAGACCGAAGGAGAAUCAGUGCUCCCAGAAGAAGAGAGGCCGACCAGUAGGCAGCCGAACGAGGAAGACAUUGUAUGAUCUUACAAUGUUAAAUGAUGAUGAUGAUGAUGAUGAUGAUGAAAACUUCUUUGGUUUCCCUGUGAGCACCACAAUCCCUCAGAGCACGAGAACCAGCAGCACCUUGAGUGGUUCAGUCUCUCAAACACGGAGCAAAGCAAAGGAGAGCUGUAAGCAUUCUUAUGACGUGUCCUCCAGCAGCGGCAAGGCCGGAAGGAAACGACUGUCAGAUGCCGAAAGAUUCUUAAGAGACAAUAGGGAGUACUAUCACUUUCAGGAGACCCCUGAGAGAUUGCGGCGCUCAACUUCGUCAUCUGCUGAAAAAGAAAAGGUGGGAAGGUUGGAUGGCUGUGAUGUGAAACAAGUAGAAAAGAAAGAAGAGCCAAGACUCAGGGACCCUCCUCCACCAGUGUGUAAAAAGCAACCAGCAGUUGAUGGCAGGAGAGUAACUCGCAGUGCAGGUAUCGUUCUUGAGGAGCCUGAUUUGCAGGGAAAGCCGAAAUUGAAAUGUAUAGAAAAGGAUGAUACAAAGUGUCCAGUUAAGAAUGUAGAAAAAGAUGUUAGAGACAAAGACAAGAGAAAGUGCACUGAAGAUUCCAAAGAGAAAUGUUCAGAAGAUGAUAACAGAAGAGAAUGUGAAGGAAAUAAAGUUAAGGUUGUUGAUGAAGAUCAAAAGAUUAACAGUCAUGUUGACAAGGGAGUAUCUGAAAACAAGAAAGACAGUGAUGGAAGGAAAACUUGUUCAGAUACAGAAAAUAGGACUUCAGCUGAUACUGUUGAGUGCUCUGAACCUGAGGAAGGAAGAACUAAGCAGCUGGAGGUUUCCACCACCAAUGCCCCAGUUGUCAGUAAUAGUGAGUGUACAGAGAGUAAAGGAAGAAGUGGUAGAAUUUUAAGAGGAGAUGUAAGAGAAAAUUUGAAAAGUGAAUUGCAAGAUUUAUAUUUCUCUUUUGAAGGAGUACCUGAGCAAGAAAGUUGGUACCAGACAUACCAGAGACUAAUAGAUGGCGUUUCUAAUAAUGAGUUUUCUUAUGAUGAUGAUCCUCUUAAAUUUGUAUUACCUUAUGAAAUGCCAAAGGAAUAUGUCAGAGACUUUCUUUGUUACAAGAAAGGUAUGUUAGCAAAGAAAAGGAAUGAUCUUGCAGAUCUUGUAAGGAAGUCUCCUAGAUGCCAUGCAUCUACUCUUGCUCUGUUUUCUGAUAUUAUUCCUACCAAAAAAACAAAGAACGCUAAAGUAUUACGAUCUGCUCCUACCAAAGUGGAGGAAAUCUCAUCGGAUGGAACAAGCACGCCUGGGGCAGAGUCUACCAAACUGCCUCCCCAUGAGUCUUUUGAGACAAGUGAGGAAUUAGCAAUCUUGGCAAUGCACAUUGACCACAUUAUGAAGUCUGAAGGAUGUUGUGAGGAAGUACCUCAUUGUAUUCCACCUGUUGACGACUUGAAAGAAAGUGAAGCUGAUUACAAAAAGACACCUCCGAAGAAAAGAGGCAAGAAGAAAAGGCUAAUGACAGGGUCAAAAACUGAAAAAGGCUUUGAAAAUACAGCCAAAGAGUUUAAGUUGUUUGAUAAUUCAUUGGCACAAGAAGUAGAUCCAGUUUUCAUUGCUGGUCUUUGUGAUGACAUGAAAGACUUUUUGAUUCCAGAAAAUAUACUUGCUCGAGAGGCAUCCGAAGUGGUGGAAGACUCGUGUUUUUGUGUGUGUACUGACAGAGCUUCGUGUGAUGAUUUUUCUAGUGCAGAUGAUAAUACUGAGGCUAGUUCAGAAUGUGUGUCCCUUUGUGAUUCUGAAACUAUUGACUGCUCUGUUGUUAGUGAACCUAAACGUGGGCGGAGUGCAAAGAAACGUCGGAAAAAUUUAACGGGCUGGCCCAAAACUCAGAAGCGAAAGAAGCCAGCGCCAUCUCACACAUCAGAUGACAAUGAUAGUGCUAUGGGGUGGGAUGAUCUUGAACCAAAGAAACAUAGGGGCUGGAAAAAGCAUCAUGAUUUCAGCCUCUUGGAGCAGACUACAUCAGAGAGACUCGCUGCUCUGGCUGCAUGUGAUAGAAGAGCUUCUCCUCGAAAGAAGGCUUCUGUCUUGUACAUGGACACGUGGCCAGUUAGAUUUCGAACACAAAAAUAGAUUUUAUAGAAGUAUACUUAUGGUUGAGUGAUUCAAAUUGGAUUGUGUGUUGUAUGAAGUGUUUAUACAUAUUUAUUAUCAACAUGUAUGGCAUGUGCAGUGAAUUGUUUUCAAAAGAAGGAACCAAGGAGUCUCAGGAUAGCUCUUUAAUAGAGUGAUUGAAGUUUUUGUACAGGUAGGUUUGCCUAAGUUAAUUUAAAUUUGAGUGACUGUUGAAGAAUGACACAUGUACAUUUUUAAGAUAAGCAUUUUCUAUGAUUUUUCAUUUAUGCAAAAUGAUCUAUCUAGUUACACGAAUAGUUUAUUCUAUUUAUUUUUAGACUGUUAAGUAAAGGCCUGAAAGUUUCUUUACAUUGAUAGUUUAGGCGCCACUUAUGAAUUCUCAAGUUUUGUAAGAGGCUUUUAUCUAAAUUUUGAAUGGUCACUUUUCUAUGCAUAUGUUCAUACAUAUAUUUUUUUUACAUAGGUACAAAAUCAAUUCUUAAUGGUUUUGUGUAAGUGUUCCAUUGACUUUUUCCAGACUAUACUACUUAUAGACAUGACUGCAAAUUAUUUUUAUGUAGACUGACAAUGCAAUCUGAGUAACAUAUCAUUAUUUGGCAGUUGAUACGACAAUUUAAUUUCAGUAAAGUCUGAUCUCUAUGUUUGUGCUCAAGCUGUAGUAGAAAAAUCCUACAUCUUUCUUACAGUUACGAUAAGCAUUAUUUUUGAAUUGACACCAGCCAACACUCGCUUCCAACCUCACUUUAAAUUUAUAAUUUCAUUAAGAUGUGUGGAUCAUAUUUUGGAUUAAUUUGAUAAUGAAUCUGUUGAACAUAGUGUUGAAUGAAUUACUAAAUCAUGACAUCACACAAACACCGUAUUAGCCGAGUUCUGGUGCACACAGCUGUUUGUGCUGGGUGGUGGACAGGAGCAGUUGCACUUGUCGGAAAGCUGAACUCUACGGCAUGAGAGGAGGUUCAGUGCCGAGUCAAGAAGAGAGUUCAAAAUUUAUAUCUAGUAACUGGGAUUUCUAAACAAAAACUAAAUAAAUAAGAAUUAAAGUCGGUAACUAUUCAGCCCCCAAUUUAUAAUUUUACUUUCAUAUAUAUAUAUAUAUAUAUAUAUAUAUAUAUA